AUGACGACCACCAAGAGGCCAGGGCCAGCUAGCAGACUGCGCGAGGCACGCCGCCAACAGGUUUUUGUCGACGAGGAGGAGGACAAUGCGAACGGUGGGUCGGGCUCGGCCAGGACUGUGGACAUGGCGUUCCUCUCGAACGGGACCAGCUUCGUCGACGGCAGUGGCGUGGGGCAUGUCAAGGUGAACGAAAGCAUGGACUGGUCGGACGUCCUGCGCAACGACACCACCGUGCACAUUAUUUACCAAGGCUCGGGGUCGCACGAGGAGAUCCUCAUCAUCCCCGUCAACGAGACUGCGCCGAAUUCGGUGGACUCCUCGUCCGGUGGCUCAUCGGGCAGCGACAGCGAGAGCGGAUCAGCCCUUCCGACGGGGUCAAGCGCCGGUGGCAGUGACAGCAGUACCGGCGACGAAGGGGUGGCCGGUACAGCUUCCUCUCCAUUGACGCUUGUGAUCGUGGCCUCCGUCCUGGCCCUCAUAUCUAUUGCGGCUGUUAUUGCCGUGGUGCUGUAUGGCCGAAGGAACCGGCGACGCGCGUAUUCAGAAGACCCGAGCAACACGGACAUGCCGUUCAUCGUGGGCCACCUCCCCCAUCAAGCCGCCCCGGAGCUCAGCGUGCUGGACACGGACAUCACGCCGGACCUGUGGGUGGAAGGCCAGUACCAGUACUCGCCCAACAUGAGCGGGUUGCAGAACUCCCUUAACGGCACCGCUAUCCUCUCGGACAACAACACGACCCCGGCACACCACAGACUGACGGUGGAUGCGUAUCCGCUUGGCCCCAACACGCGGCGAGGCCAACGCAUGGCUCGGGGCAACGCGCAGUACUCGGUGGCCGAGCUCGUGGCCAAGGCGGAGGCGCUGGUGGACCAGUGCCAGCCCGAGCUGGCCGUGCAGUUCUUCGAGAAGGCACUGCUGCAGGAGCCGAGCAACGCGUCGCUGCUGGACUCGAUCGGCGAGCUGAGCACGGAGCUGGACAACCCGGAGCGCGCGCUGUCCGCCUUCCAGCAGAGCGUGGCGCUGGCGCCCGCGCAGAACCCGUCCAAGUACUUCUACCUGUCGCAGCUGGUCACGGGCGAGGAGGCCGAGCGCUACACGACGCAGGGCAUCACCCAGCUGGAGCACGAAUUGCAGCAGCACGUGGACCCCAGCACGCCCGCGGCGCUCACCAUCAAGAAGCAGAUCUGCGACGCCUUCUGUUCGCUGGGGGAGCUCUACAUGACGGACCUGUGCGACCACGAGGAGGCCGAGGCGCGCUGCGAGAACUACUUCCAGCAGGCCAUGAAGUUCGACGUGGGGCUGCCCGAGCCCACGCAGGCGCUGGCCAACCUGCGCCUCGUGCAGCAGAACAAGGAGGCGGCCGACGGCCUGCUGGAGGAGACGUUCCGGCGUCUCAACGAGAACUGCGACGAAGAAAGCAUGCCGUCCUUGGAGUUCCGCACCGCCACGGGCAAGAUGCUCAUCGAGGUGGAGCGCUACGAGCAGGCGUGCGACGUGCUGGAAGGAGUGAUGCAGGAGGACGACGAGAACGCCGAGCUCUGGUUCCUCGUAGGCACGUGCUACCGCGCCAUGGACGACCUGCCCAACGCGCUCGAGUUCUUUGAGAAGUGCCAGACCAUGCUCACGAAGCUCAAGAAGGAGCUGCGGGACGAGUUCUACCUGCAGGACCAGCUCCAGAGUGUGGAGGAGACGAUUGCCGAACUCAAAACCUCCAUCGCCAACCGACCUCCUGAGCUAGACGAGGAGAGCGAUAGCGAAGAGGAUGAGGGCGCCGAUGCGGAGACGGUAGGGCAGCAGGACGUGGAGAUGGAGGAAUGA